AUGACAACUGUUAAUCCACAAAUUACUGAUGCUGUUGAUGAAUCUGUUAAUUCUCAAAUUACUGAUUUAGUUUGGAAUAUUCCCAAAUCUUCAACAGUUAAAACCAAUUAUCAAAUUGAUAAACAUUUAAAACUUCAAAAUAAUCCAGAUUCAAUGGUAUUCAUUGAAACAAACUCUGAUUGUGUAAAUGAAAUCCUUAAAGUUGGUUCAUUAAAAUUACCAGUUCAAGUUAAACCUGUUGCUUGUUAUAGAAAGUUUAUUUCUUCCCAAUCUGUUGUCGGAACUCAACAAUAUGAAUUCUCAAAGAAAACUGGUUUCUCUUCAACCUUUAGUACAUCAACUUCAAUUAAAGCAAGUGUUGGUAGUUCAAUUGGAGUCUGUGAAACAAGUUUUGAAGUUUCAACAAGUUUUAGUUACUCAAGUACAAGUUAUAGUGAAACAACUGAAACAUUCACAGAAACUCUUUCAUCUGGUGACUAUACAGUGUAUCAAAAUGUUUUAUUAUAUGCUUUCAAAGUUGAUGCUGCUUCCGAUCCAGAUAUUAUGUCAGUAUUUAAAAAAGAUAGUCCAAACAUUGAAUUCCAUCAACGUAAUGGUACUCUAGAAUUUUAUUUCUUUGUUCCAGCUUAUAUGAACUCACCAUUUACAAUUGAAUUUUCAAAUGAUACCUAUAACCCAAUUAAUGAAGAUGAUCUAAUUAAUUAUUUAAUGAAUGAUGGUUAUAAUAAAUGGUCUUCAUUCUCUUUUAAAUAA